AUCAAACCCAAUUGUCACAAAAUGUCUUCCUAUAAUACCAAUGAAAACAUUGAUCUAACCAUAUAUCGUCAAUACAUACUUCAUAUACCAACUCAACUCAAUUUCAACGCCAAAAUCGAAAAAAACGACUUCAUUUUAGGGUUUGCUAGUGAAACCUACAUACAAGGAAAAGGCACAGGGAACUUCAAUCCCACAUGGAACGUUAAUCAUCUCAGUCCUGAAAAUAUAAAAACAUUCAAGGAUAACAAUCCAGAAGUGAGGGUGAUAAUAAGCAUCGGAGGCGUCGGCGAAGAAUUUCCAUUCAAUCCAUUCGAUAAAAAUACAUGGAUGAUCUACGCUGUCAACUCGAUCAGACAGAUCAUCCUUCGUUACAACCAAACUCAUAAAGACCAAAACCUUAUUGAUGGUAUUGAUAUUCACUAUGAUAUCGUCAAAUCAGACGAGGAUGAUUUUUCCAUUUAUGUUGGCGAAGUUAUAAGGCAACUAAAGAAUGAUAAACCUUUGUCCAUCAAUGUGGUAUCAAUUGCUCCUACAAAACUAGCUGAAUCUUACUAUGAAAAAUUGUAUUUGGACAACAAAAAGAUCAUUGACUUAGUUGAUUAUCAAUUCUACAAUCAGAAAUUCUCGUCACAAGAUGAAGUUGUUGAACUGUAUAAGAAACUAGCAGUUACCUACCGUCCUUCUAAAGUCCUAGCAGGAUACAACAAUCCUCCUGACCCAGUGCUUAUGGAGGGCAUCAUAUAUCUCAUAAAAAACAAAUUACUCCCUGGAGUUUUUGUUUGGAAUUCUAAUCCCUCUACCACUGGCUACGUUUCCUUCAGCUUUUGAUCUGUUGUUGAUGAGUUUGAUCUCUCAGCUCUAGCUUGGUCCCUGUUGGAUGGUGAUUCGUUGCGUGGAUGGUUUCUGAAUUUCCGUUUCCUUAUUGUGUGUUUGAUGGUUGUAUGUUUUCGUUCAUUCUUCUCUUUGCUAUGUUUUUAUUCCUUAUGUUUGCUGCUUCUUUUUACUUUGAGUUGUUUUACUCUUUUUUUAAUAUAUUAUUUUAGCAUUCAUUUUUUUUUAUAAAUAAAAGUAUAGUUAUUAAUAACUUAAAAGCUAUUAUCAAAAAAUAAGUUACCAAGUACCUACCUAGCUAGUAAUCACUAUUUACUUUUAUGUUGGCAAAUUUGUAUCACAUAUAGUAAUACCUAAGAUUUGUUUUGCGUGUUCUAAUUAAAUAAGACUAGUGCAUCAUGUUUUUUUUA